CAGGACGACCGACCAUAAUGGCUGCCUCGUAUUGAAUGUAAAUACGGUGCAGAUCUUUAUUUUAUUAUAGUGUCAAAUAAUAAAGUGUUGUUAAGAUAUAGGCGUUACGAUGGCCGACAAGGGAUCUGACUUUUGUGAAUACAUAUGGAACCAUGAAUUCGUUAUGCAACGUCUACUUUCUAUGUUGCAACAGGGUCAAAAUUACUGUACAGAUAAUGAAUGUUUUAGCAUGUCACAAUUACCGGGACCACGUAAUGCUCCGCCAUCUUCAAACUUUUUCACGACUUGCUUAAUUAUUAUAUUCGCUGUUCUAAUGUAUGUUCUUAGAUCAAAUUGUAUUCGUCAAUUAAAAAACGAUAUUGUUAAAGAUCGAGAUAACGAAAAUGAUCCGAACGAUGAUCCUCCCGUACCACCACCGACAGCAUACUAAGAUGUAUAAUACUAUAAAAACAUGUUUUCAUUUGAAUUUUUAUAAUAGAAUCUGCUGAUCUUAUGAUAACAAAGGGAAUGGAAAGAGAAUAAUCAAUUAAUACAUUCGAUUUAUACGAUAUUGCUAGCGUAUAUUUGAUCUGAUUCAAUAAGUAUUGUAAUUUCCUUUCACAUAGCUGAAG